AUGCCUCGCGCUAAGAAAGCUGUAGCUUUAGAGGCAGCCUCCGAAUCUGCGACAUCCCAGCCUGAAAUCCAAGUGGAUAAAAUCCAUCGGUUUCCCGUGAUCAUCGCGUCGCUUCUAUUUAUGCGCGGACUAUUGCCCAUAGACGUCUUUGGCGAGCGGGUUCUGCGAGCAAACCGCUUCCAGGAGCGCUAUAACUAUUCUCAUUUUGUAAAUGGGAAGCGCAAGGGAAAUUUCGCACGUAACCGAUCGGAAUAUGUUCCUAUACGCGUGAUUGAAAGACACAUGAGCGAUGAAGCCGAUCACCUCCUCGACAUUCUAGAAAAUGGCAUCUUUGAUGCUCUACUAAGGGGCGUCCUGCAUGCCGUCCAGUUUACUAUCAUCGCAGAUAAACUCUCACCAAACAAGGUUCUGGAAUCUUAUACCUUCACCUUCGAAAAUUCCGGUGAACGCGGCCCCGCAGAUCGUCUAACCAACGGUCCCAGGAUGGAUUUUGUCAGCCCCCAUGAGGAUCGAGCGGACAUGCGCAAUAUGAUUUUCGAAGGGAAGGCCCUGAUCCGACGGUUGGUGAAAAUGUGUGCUGAAAGCCCGGCAUUGCCUAGUAUGUGCACUCUAUUCCCGUUCCUGGUGUUACCACUCACGAGUUCAACAGAUGAGCGCAGCUUGGGAAUACAUGUAUUCUACAAACCGGAAUGUCCCGAAUCCUACGAUGUGCCUGGGUUUGCUGCUUCCCAAGAUGACACCGUUGAAUAUCCGCGGACUUCGUACUGGGAGAGAACGAGGCGCUUUUAUGGAAGCGUUGACAGCGGCUUUCACACAAGAGUGGGAUUGAGAGUGAAUUCACUUCUUUCUACCUCACCCGGUGGCGAGGCUCAUUUUUCUUCGGCGGAGGAAACAAAUGGCGAUGCAGUGCUUCGUUCUGACGAGGUCGGGUUUCCCACGCUUGCCCAAAUGCCGCUGGACGUAGUUGGAGAGAUUUAUCUCUCCACUGAUGAAAGCACUGCCAGUGACACCGAUGACGAAAUGAUCUCUAAAGCAGAGUUCGUGGCUCUUCAUUACUGCCCCACUGCGGUCACGGUGAGAGCUAAAAGGCACGAGAGCAGAAAGUCACGGCGAUAUACGGAGAAGAGAGUGGAUGGCAGAAUCUUCUUCAAUGAAGAAGACCUGGAAUCCCACCAGUCCCUAAUGCAGGAAAUGGCUCAGUCAGUGACUGAUUCCGUCGCUGUUAAUUUGGACGACUCUUCAGAAUCCGAUGCGUUUGAAAAAUUGGAUCGGAUUGAACGCUCGAGUAAAUCUACGGUACCUGUCAAUUGGUCACAGGAUGAUGAUUAUGCAACAUUUCCGGUUAGCCGCGAUGGCAUUCAACUUGCUGUGGCUCGUCAAGAGUCUCGAGAAAACUUUCCCACGCAUAAAUACAUUCGCCGUUUACAGGAGGCUGGUUCGAAACCCACCGUUACAGCAAGGACGGUACACUAUGUCGAGAAUCACGGUGCCGUCAAGAAGUUAGACGAGGAGAACAAAGACAAAGAGAACCUGCCUGGGCCCAGUUGCAACGUGACUAAGUACGGGCAUAAAAAUUGGCGUCCCUAUCGGUGUGAAUGCAACACUUGGCACUUCAAGCCCAGCAAGUCUAUACAAUGUGCCAAUUGCAAGGAGUACCAGCACACCCUGUGCUAUGGCUAUUAUUCUGCAAAGGACACACGGAUCCCAGAUAUACAUUACUGCUACACCUGUUUGAUCGGAUACGACUUUGAUAGUGACCUGAUGAACGAACUAAUUAAGCUUAUCCGAAUGCGCAGAACAAUCGAAUUUGUCCUGGCAGCGGAAAUGACUCCAACUUUGAAUUGGCAACUAGCGAAACGACUUAACUGCACCGACGACGAGGCUCGUGCAACGGUCUAUAGUCUCCGGAAACUUGGCAUCCUGAAACCAGCCGAUUGGAGGGCAAAACACGACCACAAGAUAGGGGGCUCCAAAUUCUGGCUCAAUAGGACAGCCCCAUCCUGCAACACCAUCUACAGCGAAGUCUCAGACCCGAUGUUGCUCAUCCGGGAAUAUAAGUACGAAAUACCGCCGCCUCCUCUCCCCCAGCCGAUGAUUCGCACACAUUGGUCCCGGUCUGGGAUACCGAUCUUGCAUAAUUUUACGAGUGAGUCUGAUGAGUGGUAUAGUACCAUCGACCCUCGGUGGCAGCCUGAACUUUGGAAGCGGGUGCGCUCUAACCCUUCUGCCAAAGGGUAUUUCUUCGAGGGGCAGACCUCAAACAGCGUGUCGAAGCGAUUGCUGGGAUCAAUUGAGGAAGGAUUUGAAGAUGGCUCUACUCGGGAGGCCAAGAAGAUGAAGUUUAAAUAG